GACAGCGGCCAUCUUGAUAACUAAAGCAUCGUCAACAUUUAUACACUUUUACCUCGCGAUUUUACAAUUUUUUCCAGUUUAAAUUAGAUCAUAGUUUGUAUAUAGUUUUAAUAAUAGUUUGUAUAUAGUUUUCACUAGUUUGUAUAUAGUUUUCAUAUAGUUUUCUCGUCGUUUUUGGCGUGGAAAUGAGCGAGACAAGUGAGCUUUCCCUCGAGGAAGUCAACACAUGGAAGGUGGACGCUCUCAAGUUAUUUUGCCGUAAACGAAAUCUUAAAACUUCUGGAGCUAAAGCUGAACUUGUAGCCCGUGUGUUUGCAGCAUCAGAGAUGGGAAUCCAAGUACAAGCAUCGGCUAAAGAACUAAUGUGCAUCACGGAGUCUGAGAGAGCGAAGCUAUUGUUUACUCCUGAGGGCAGCAAGCUUCCCGAUCCUCUUGGGCUAAAGGACGGAUGGAUUGAUGAAAAAGAUGGGCUAACAUCAUGGCCUCCUAUAUUUCUAAGUGACAUUACGAAAUAUCUGAUGGCUGAUCAUCCUGGAAAGGAUAUUAAACUGCACGAACGGGUCAUGAAUGAGUACAAAGAGGGGAAAGCAUACCGCUUAUUUGACUCGGGCUUUCUGAAAGAAGUUUUCUACCAUGAACUAGAAAAUAUGGAUUUUUGCUUCUUGAAAGCAAAAUGUACGCAUUCGAUGAAGGUUGGUGAUACACCACAUACAUCAUGGAUUUGUUCAAGAAAAAAUGGAGAGAUUAUCAGUGCCUACUGUACCUGUACUGCUGGUAUGAGUGGUUCUUGUAUUCAUGUGAUGGCACUGCUGUUCAGAAUUGAAGCAGCAAACCGUAAUGGUAUGACAAAUCCUGCAUGUACGUCCAAAGAGUGUGUGUGGAAUGUUCCAAUAGGAAACAAGACUGUAAUCAAGCCCUCUAGAAUUUGUGAUAUGGAGUGGAAGGCUUCAAAGCUAAAUAAAGAGACGACCAGACCUGCCAUCGAUAGUCGCCGAAAGUUAUUCAAUUCACAUGAAGAGUUGAAGCCCCUGACUCCAAAAGGAAAGAGGAAGUCGUUUUAUAAUAAUUUGAAGGACUUGUUGCCAGAAUCGGCAUUCAUCAAAUUAGCAACGGCUGAGUUUGAGGAACCGUGUUCAACUUCCGUUACAAUAGAAAUUAAUACUGAAGUACCUGAAUGUGUAAUGCCUAAGUCAUCAAAGAAAGACUUAAGUGCUGAUGAUAUACAUCUGAUUGAACAAGGCACCAUUGGUCAGUCUGAGAAUGAGGCAUGGCACGAUUACAGAAAAGGCCGAUUAACUGCCUCUAAUUUCUAUAGAGUGUACACAAAAGUUGAAACCCUUAAAACUAAGGGGGGUGAUGCACAGGAACUAGUGGACACAAUCCAGGGUAAAAGUAAUGGACCGUCGGAACAUUUACCUGCUCUAAAAUAUGGAAGAAACAUGGAGAAAGUUGCUAAGGAUAAGUAUGUGAAACUGUUUCAGAGGGAGCACAAAGAUGCAAAAUUCAGAGAGUGUGGACUAUUUAUUGAUGAAUCUGACCAAUUCAUUGGAGCAUCCCCUGAUCUGCUUGUUGAAUGUUCCUGUUGUGGAUUAGGGGUGCUAGAAGUGAAGUGCCCUUAUUCUAUUGUUAAUGAUUUACCAUCAGAAGACAAUCUUUCCUACCUGGUAAAGAUUAAUGGCAAAAUUGUCUUGAAAGAGAAGCAUGCAUAUUUUGCACAGAUACAGGGACAAAUGGCUGUGACAAAGAGAACAUGGUGUCACUUCCUGGUCUACACCCAAAAGGGUUAUCAUCUGGAGCUAAUCAAGUUCAAUAAUGAUUACUGGGAAAAGAUAAAGCAAAACCUAAUUUGGUUUUAUAAUAAGUAUUUAAGUGAAUGAAUGCUCGUUAAUUAUAACUUGAUACAAAACUUUAUUUACAUGGUGUAAACACUAAAAAUACAUUUGUACAUUUUAUAUACAAUUUAGAAUUUUUACAAUUUCAUAUCUGGAAAAACUGGUCUGACAGUUCUAAAUUGAACUCAAAUAGUCUCUGAAUAGAACAGUAAAAUUGUCUGUUGUGGAAACUGGAAUGGAUGAAUCAAAUCAUGAAAUUUUAUACAAGUAAUGCAUUGACCACACUUCAGUAUGAUUGAAAAUGUUACAGUUUGAUAUUGUUUGCAGUUAUAUAUAUAGUAAUAAUAAAUAAUAUAUUAUUUAUUUGUGUUCAGCGACACAUGAGCUGUGAAAUGAAGAAAAAUAUUUACAAAUUAUAUCUAAUGAUUGUAAUCACUCUACCAGAAUAAUUUUUCUCUUGUGAGGUCCUUGUGGUGCAAAUAAUAUAACAGUUCUUAUUCAGAGUGCACAUACUUAAUAGCUGAAGCAUUAAAUGGUACUAAAUCAUACUAUUACUUAAUUUUCUUGUUAUGUACCAUUAUCAACACUAUUUAGUAUUAUUUGGUACCAUUUGUAUGAAAGAUUAAGUGAUUGCACUCUAUACUAGUUGCUAGUAAAGUAGAGCAGAGAUUUUGAAUAACAUUUAACCUAAGAAAGAACUUAGACUAAUACAUAUUGGUAUCCUCUAAAUUUAUGAAGUUUAUAUUCUUUCAUGGGUUAAAUGCUGUCAAUCUUUUUAGCUAUUUGUACAUUUCUUGUUAAUCAUUUUUUACCCAAGGGUCUAUACAAGUUACAUAAGGCUGCACAAAUAAGUACAAUGUUGUCUAUACUGCCAAGCAGUGAUAUUGGUAGUUCAUGCUUUAUCAGUCUAAACGUCUUCAACCGUCUUAUUGCUUGCUCAACAAAGAUUCUAAGAUUUGCAAUUUCUUUUGUUUUAGCAACUUCAGCUUUAGUGAACUGCUCUUGUCCACGUUUACCAGGGGGGAUGUGUAGUCUUGAGCUUCUGAUUAAGAGGUCUUCAGCAAUUGUGAAUCCACGGUCUGCCAUCACUUCAUCGCCAGGUUCAAUGAUAUCAUAAAAUGAUGAUUCUCUUGUCAGAUGCACAUCUGAAGUUCUCCCUCCCCAUGCUUUGGAUAAGAAAUUGAAAAAACCAUGUGGUGUUAUUGAUACCAACAGCUUAGCAGUGUUGUGAUGCUUGUAGUCUGACCACGUAGCUGCUCUAAGGUUUGGGUCGCUUGGGGUUUCAAUAAAUAU